AUGUCCUUGGCCGACUCACUCCUAGCGGACCUAGAUGGCUUCUCAGACGACGAAGCCCCAUCUCCCUCGGCAGACCAACAGGUCGACCAGGGACAGUCGUCUUCUUCAGCUGCUGCUGCCGGACCAUCCUCUACAAAGGGGGUGAGCUUCGGAUCAAUGCUUCCUCCGCCUUUACCUAACAAAGCCAAGCGACCCGCGACCGAUAUGGAUCUAGAUGAAGAGGAGGAACAAGAUGGAGAAGGUGAUGAUGGGAUGGUCCUGGAGAAUGGCGCGAGUGCAGUAGGAUAUGUCCCCGAAGGAGGGGUCAAACCUGCCGAUGAAUUAGAUGCGGAUGAGGUAGAACAGACUGAUAUGACUGGUCUGGAGGAUGUCUCAAAAGUUGCCAGGUUGAUUACUGGGAAGAAGCUGAAAGAGGUGUUAGCGGAUAUUGCCAAGUACACCGCUUCACCCACCGACAUGUCUAACAGCAGCUCGCUCGAGGAAAACCCCGAAUAUCACCUGGUCGUCACUGCCAACAACAUGUCCGUAGAAGUCGAUAACGAAAACCUCCUCGUUCACAAGUUCAUCAGAGAUCACUAUGCACCCCGUUUCCCGGAAUUGGAACAACUCAUAACUGAUCCUUGGACCUAUAUCGCUGCUGUACAAGCAAUAGGAAAUGCCGAUGAUCUCACCAAAUGUACAUUUCCCUCAACACUUCCAGCGGCUACCAUCCUCUCUAUCACUCUUACAGCUACUUCCACUCGAGGUAGGAAGUUGACUGUGGGAGAAUGGAAGACAGUUCAAAAUGCUAUUGAGGUAGCUAAAGAAUUACGUUCAGCUAGAGAAAGGAUAUUCGAAUAUGUUGAAAGUCGAAUGUCAUCCGUUGCUCCUAACCUUUCAGCAAUCAUUGGUACCGGUAUAGCAGCGAAACUUUUAGGUUUAGCUGGAGGAUUGGGGGCUUUCUCAAGACAACCAAGUUGUAAUAUCAUGUUAUUUGGAGCUAUGAAGAAAUCUUUAUCCAACACACAUCUAUCAGCUGCUAGUCAACAGAGACAUACGGGAUUUAUAUAUCAGAGUAAUCUAGUUCAGAGUGCUCAACCUGAAGAUAGAAGGAAAGCUCAAAGGGCAGUCUCGGCGAAAUGUACAUUGGCGGCUCGAUUGGAUUUGAACAAGGCUCAGAGGGAUGGAUCAUAUGGAAGGAAGUGUUUAGAAGAAUUACAGAAGAAGAUACAGAAGAUGUCGGAACCUCCUCCUAAUAAGAUGACUAAAGCUUUGCCGAUACCUCAGGAGACCAACAGGAAGAAGAGAGGUGGUAAGAGAGCAAGGAAACAGAAAGAAGCAUAUGCUCAAACUGAACUACGAAAAUUACAGAACCGAAUGGAGUUUGGUAAAGCUGAAGAAGAGAUUGGUAUCGACGAUGAGACCGUUGGAUUGGGUAUGAUUGGUUCAGGAAGUGGGAGAGUUAGAGGUGAAGUUGCGGAUGCAAGGAGUAAAGCCAAACUCUCACGAGCCAACAAACUCCGUACUCAGCUCCUGGGUCGAUCGGCAGUAUCCAACGAUGCUAAAUCCGGUAUGGCCACUUCGCUCUCUUUCACACCUGUCCAAGGUAUCGAAAUUGUUACACCUUCCUUAUCUGCCGCUCAGAGGGUACAGGCUGCCAAUGAUAGGUGGUUUGCCGGUGGGACGUUCACUCAUGUCAAGAAAGAAGGUAGUAACAUACCUGGCCAGAACUGA